CUUUCAGUUGAAUUGUUGUUUAGCUUGAGUUGUUUUGUGAAAAGUUCAGUUGUCAUUUGCCUGAAUGCAUUUGACAUGCAUUCACUGAGCAUGUCCCUCCCUUCAGUGCUAUGGUAAUCAUGGCCAAAUUUUAACCUACAAUAAGAAAGCGCUAGAAUGCAGUCCAUAUGAAGCCGCCUGACUCUGAGUUGUUCUGUUUGAAAUUAUAGCAGUGGUAUUCUGCACCUCAUCCAAAUAUUUGUCAUGGGAUUAUCUCCAGUUUUACAUUAUCUGCUGGUGUUCAUAUCAGUCCUGUCACUGAGCAGGGUGACAGAGGCACAGACAGCGCCGGUGAUAUUCUAUCCGUUUGGUUCAGUGGCAGAAGACGCUGUCAAUAUUGCUACUGAGGAUGAAAACUCUACUCUCAUCGACUUGUGGAGUCCUUUCAUGUUCUUCGGCCGCACAUACAACAGGACAUAUGUUAACAGUAACGGACACCUUACAUUCAACAAGCCUUCAUCACAAUUUAUUGUUAACAACUUUUUUCCCAACAAUGGAAGUGAAGACAUCAUUGCUCCACUCUGGACCGACAUUGAUGUCGAUAUACAUGGCAUCAUCUCAUAUCAGCAGUACUCAAGCGGGAGUGUUCUGACUCAAGCCACUCAGGAUAUAAACCAGUACUUUCCUGAUCUGAGCUUUACGGCUAAUUGGGUCCUGGUUGCAACUUGGGAUAGAGUUGCAUACUUUUAUCACACUAGCACGGAAACAUCAUUUCAAGUGGUUUUAAUCUCAGGCAGUGAUUUGUCUUUUAUUCUCAUGAAUUAUGGUGACAUUGCAGUAACGUAUAAUUGGGUGCAGGCUGGUUAUGACACAAUAAACUCCACAGCCUACUUUAAGAUUCCUGGGUCAGACAUUGGAAGCUUAAUCCCAAACCUCAAGAAUUCCACUAAUGUCAAUGUUCCAGGCCGAUGGGCCUUCAGGGUGGACGGUGGACCAGAUCAAAACAUAAAAGGAAAUAUCUUAGGAGUUCAAAUGAGACUUACUUCAUUUUCAGACCUAAGAGAGAGUGGAAACAUCGAGACUGUUUUGGAGAAACUACAACAGGAGCUGGUUAAGUACGGUCUGCCAAACAGCAUCAAAUUGAACUUAAGAAGAGUCCAAAAGACAUAUCCGUAAUAUCUGUAAAUCUCUUGCAUCAAAUAUCCCUGCCAGUAAAAGAUAUCUUACAGGGAAAUAAGGAUAACAAUGAUCAAAAUAUCACAUCUAACAUUGAAAGUAAAUCAUAGUCAUUUCUGUGAAAUCUGGCGUCUGCAGAUGAGGAAUGUCACUCUGCAGGAAGGUGAAUGAGUAUAAGUAUAGAGUAUAACCUAAGCAUGAGUAUAACCUAGACCUGAAAUAUGUGAAUAGUGUAAGUAAACCUGUUCUUCCUCUAUGGCUCUGUCUGCCAGGAAAUCAUAACAUUUACUGCAAUGUGAACUUUUCUUGAUCAGAUAUUGGAACAGUACUGUCUGUUCAGGCUAGCUUUCACAUGUUUUAACUAUUUUCUACCAUUAUUUCUCAAAAAAAAAAAAAAAUAUGCAGUUUAUGAAACACACCUUGACCUCUUGUGACAACAUGCCCCGAUAGUCAAAAAUGCAGAAAAAAGGUUUUGUUUUUUUCUUCCCCCGCUUUUGUACGUUCAGUGCCAACCCAAAAGUGCAGAAAUUCAUUAAUUUAUUAAUGUAAGUAGGGAAAACUGUAAUAUUUGAUAAUUUAUGAAGCUAUUAUAUAAUUAAUUAUUUUGCUGUUUAGCUUCAGCUUUUACUUCUCUCCUCAUAAAAGGUUGAUGUAUGAUUAAAAAAAUCUCUAUAAUUUGAAUUUAAUGUAAAACAUAAUGCGUGUGUUCCUUGACUCACCACAAGGGGGGAGACAAACACUAGUGAUGCACUGACACUGUGAAAUUGUAAAUAAAACUAAUAUUGGAGAACGUUUUACAAGAAAAUAUUUCAGUCUUUCUACUUCAAAAUGUCAUGCUUAAUUCAAUGCCCUUUCUUUAAAAUGAAAUUGUGAAAUUUACUAGUAGCUUGUGAGUAAAAAUUGUUCCAAACAUUUUUUCCCAGUUUACAUGCAAUGCUGUCUGAUUACACACAGGUCUUUGUAGUUCAGAAAUUGUUGACAUGGCUUAAGAGUGACAUUGCCAGAGUGUUCAUUAAAAAAAAAAAAAAAAAAACCCA